GAGGUCACGUUGUCGGCUAUCAAAAAUUAUAACUGUUUUUCGAAGUCAUAUAGUUUUUCUAGCUUGUAAACAUGCAUAAAGUGUUUCUUAUUGUUCUAUAAUUCUUAUCUAAAAUCACAGACAUUUCCCUCUAUGAAAUAUAUAACGCAGUAAAUCGCCAGCAUUUAAUGACGUUUCACCACCUCCACAACCUAAAUGGUAUGCCCUAAAACAGCGCCAACUCGCGACUAAAUGUGCAGGUCACCUUAGGAGGUCACCUUGACAAUACGGAUUAGCUGUUUAGUGACCGAACUUUACAUAGUAUUCGGCUGUCAGAAAACAUGCUUAAUUGGGAGGAAGUUAAUGAUUGUUUCCAUUCACUUGCUACAGAAGGCCGAGAACUUUAUUUGCAUAAUGAUGUACCAGUGCUUACAGUACCACCAUCACCCUUAACAUUUUACAGGGAAUGGGUGUGCCCUAAUCGUCCUGUUAUUAUCAAUAAUGCAAUAAAUGAAUGGCCAGCACUGCAUAAAUGGAAAGAUUUAGACUAUCUGAGAAAUAAAAUUGGAGAUAAGAGUGUAAGUGUGGCAGUGACGCCUAAUGGAUACGCUGAUGCAAUAUAUAAAGGACGCUUUGUGAUGCCUGAAGAAAGAAAAAUGAAGUUUAACACUUUUCUUGACAUUAUAGAAAAAAGACUUGAGAGCAAUGGUGUAUUUUAUGUGCAGAAACAAAACUCCAAUCUUACAACUGAGUUUCAAGAACUGAUUACAGAUGUUGAUGUUGAUAUUCCGUGGGCUUCGGAGGCAUUGGGCAAAAAACCAGAUGCAGUGAACUUCUGGAUUGGGGCAGAAAAAGCAGUGACUUCAAUGCAUAAAGAUCACUACGAGAAUCUAUAUUGUGUCAUCAGAGGGGAGAAACAUUUUAUAUUAUUACCGCCAACAGAUAUGUUAUAUGUACCUUACGGUUUAUAUCAAGCAGCUGUCUUUAAAGAGGACCCAACGACUCGUACAUUCGACAUUAUUGAGGAUCACCAGACUGGAAAAGUACCAUGGAUUUCAAUAGAUCCACUGAACCCAGAUCUGGAUGCAUAUCCAGAUUUUAGUAAAGCACAGCCUAUCCAAUGUACUGCGAAAGCUGGAGAGACUUUGUAUUUACCAUCGUUGUGGUUUCACCACGUUAGGCAAUCACAAGGCUGCAUAGCAGUUAACUUUUGGUAUGACAUGGAGUAUGAUAUCAAGUACAAUUAUUUCAAAUUCAUGGAAAAUAUUAUUAAUUUAAAGAAAGGUACAAAAAGCUGACAUCGAAGACUUAAUGCUUUACUUACUAUCAGCAAAUCAUUACACCAUCGUAUAAUUUCACUGAAACAUUAUUUAAAACAAUAUUGCCAGUGCAAUGCCACAUUACAAUUUUGAAUUUUAGUCAAAGAAUAAAGCAAAUUACUUUGCUCAUCUUUGAGUGUGGAUUUUAUAAAAGAAGGCAGCCCUUUGUGAAAAUAAAUAAGACAACGA